UCAGUCCGCCAGGCCAUAGACGCCCCGAGUCAGACGGCAGAGUGGCCGGCCCAGAGCAGAUAGAUAGACCCCGCCCCCAUAGACGCCAGCCACAGCCAUGACCAUGACGCAGCUACAGACCAGCGCAGCCUCGACCAACGCCUCGUUCAAGCACGUGCCGGCCGUGGGCGCCGACGCCCCCGGCCUCACGUGCCUGGGCGAGCGCGUGACCACGACGUUCGUGGCCGAGACGGCGCUGCCCACCGAUGGCGGCCUGUUCCGCGUGCGCGCGUACCGCUCCGUGGGCUCCCUGCGCGAGAGCGAGCCCGUGGCCAUGAUCACGGGCGACGUGCGGGGCAAGCGCAACGUGCCCGUGCGCGUGCACGACCAGUGCUUCACGUCCGAGGUCUUCGGCUCGCUCAAGUGCGACUGCAGGGAGCAGCUGGACUACGCCAAGGCGUACACCAAGCAGCACGGCGGCGUGGUCAUCUACAUGCCCCAGGAGGGCCGCGGCAUCGGCCUGGCCAACAAGAUCAUGGCCUACUCGAUGCAGGAGCGCGGCCUCGACACGGUGGACGCCAACCGCGUGCUGGGCUUCAAGGACGACUACCGCUCGUACGAGCCCGUGCCGGCCAUCCUCAAGGACCUGGGCGUGCAGUCCAUCCGCCUGCUGACCAACAACCCGCGCAAGAUCCGCCUGCUGAGCCAGCUGGGCAUCACCGUGGAGGGCCGCCUGCCCGUGGUGAUCAAGGGCGGCGAGUUCAGCCAGGGAUACCUGACGGCCAAGGCCAAGAGGAUGUCCCACUUGCUGCCUGGCGCCCCCGGGGAGGCGUCCGCUGACGGCAGCGGCGAGGACACGUCCACGGACGAGAGCCAAGACGAGGAGGAGCUGCAGACCAACCCGCAGGAGGCUGUAGCAGCCGCAUCUCCCACGGCCUCGUCCACCUCGUCCUCCGGAGGCUACUAGCCCGUAUCUAUGAAGGCUGGAGGAUGGAAGGACAGCAUCAUAUCAGCGGGGGAACGCGGUUGAAGACGGAAGAUGACGACGAACCGGCGAGUGCUUGAGGGGACGGACGGGUGGAUGGCCCCGCCACGAGGACAUCGAUGACCUUCGCGUGCAGCGCCUUCCCUCCCUGGUCUCCCCGUCGACCAGCCUCGCCCCGCCUCGCCUGCCCCCUCCCUCUUGCCCACAAGGGUUUCGCCCGACUCGGUGUCCGACCAGCUUCAACGUUGAGCAAACAGUGCUUGAAGUGGAUCGAGUUGAAGUGAUCGAGCGAAACCAAGCGGCAGUUUUGAAGCGGGAGCCCCGGCCUCUCAACUCUCGACUGUAUCCCCCGAGGCCCCCCCGGAGACGACCCCGAAGCUGUAGACUAUUUAGCACGCCCAGCAGCGCAUUGAACAAACACACACACAAAUCAUUAUGCAAAACACGAAGACGCCAAUUUAUCCAUCAGCAGCAGCAUGACGAGCGUCCAGCAGAGGGAGGGAGCUCCCGCUCCAGGUCAAAGACACGGUCACACAUCACCAAGCUCCAAUUGGCUUAAAAUUAAAAUCACCCCAUAUUUAUCCAAUCAAAACAUCCCAUCAAUCGACCCAAUCACAAGCGUCCACGGCGGUUCCUCCCUUCAUCCAAAUUUAUCCAAGUCCAAGUGCACCAAGAGACCUGCAAGGCCAGAGCAGGCAGCAGCUCUUCGACGGACGUGGCGCCCAAGGCAAUCCGAUCUCUCCGCGUCGCAGUCGCGCAACACAGAGAAGACUCUCUCCAUCCCAGAAUCCGCGCUUGAACCCGCUCUAUAGCUGCAGGACGCGAUGCUGGACGACAACCGCAAGAUCGGCACGCUGCUGCUGGGGCUGGGCUUCGCCUUCUUGCUGCUGGGCGUGCUCAUGUUCUUCGACGCGGCCAUGCUGGCGCUGGGCGACGUGCUGUUCCUGAGCGGCGUGGCGCUCACCAUCGGCCUGUCGCGCACGGUGCGCUUCUUCACGCGCAAGGAGCGGUGGCGCGGCAUCGUGUGCUUCCUGGGCGGCAUUUUGCUGGUGAUGCUGCGCUACCCGGUGAUCGGCAUGAUCGUGCAGAGCUUUGGGUUCCUCAACCUCUUCGGCUCCUUCUUCCCCGUGGCUGUGGCCUUCCUGCGCCAGACGCCCGUGGUCGGCAACGUGCUCAACCUGCCGGUCAUCAGCGAGAUCGUGGACCGACUAGCAGGGGCGCAGAAGCGCGGCUACCAGGUGUAGUGAGGACUGGGCGGGAGGUGUAGAUCAGUUGGAGAUAUUGCAGAGAGAGGAGAAGGGAACGAUAGAAGGUGGAGGUAGGAGAAUGAUAUCUACGGAAAUGAAGUGUCGCGACCGUGGGGUUUUCGGUGAAUUGCCACCACCUUGAGUGAUCACCAUAGCGCCUAGCAUGCGUUAGGGUGAUCUUUCAGCAACUGUUUGAGAACCGAC